UACAGUUUUCUCUCAUCGACAUAAAAGGAACGUUUAUCGUUUCCUCUAUUCAGUUCUACAAGGUAUUUCAGAGUGCUUUUAGAGGAAGAACUUCGUGAGACUUCUUAAAUUUUAUAGAAAUUUUUGCUGCAUCAUAAACUACUUCCAAGGAAGAAAUCAUGCAGAUCUUUGUCAAAACAUUGACAGGUAAAACAAUAACUCUGGAGGUUGAGGCCUCAGAUACCAUUGAAAAUGUAAAAGCGAAAAUUCAAGACAAGGAAGGAAUUCCACCAGAUCAGCAAAGAUUGAUCUUUGCUGGUAAACAAUUAGAAGAUGGGCGUACAUUAUCUGAUUAUAAUAUUCAAAAAGAGUCAACACUACAUUUAGUACUACGUUUAAGAGGUGGAAUGCAAAUUUUUGUCAAAACACUCACUGGAAAAACUAUUACUUUAGAAGUUGAAGCUUCAGAUACUAUUGAAAAUGUUAAAGCUAAAAUUCAGGAUAAAGAAGGUAUUCCUCCUGAUCAACAGAGAUUGAUCUUUGCCGGUAAACAGCUGGAAGAUGGUCGUACUCUUUCCGAUUACAAUAUUCAAAAAGAAUCUACACUUCAUCUUGUUUUGCGACUUCGUGGUGGAAUGCAAAUUUUUGUCAAAACACUCACUGGAAAAACUAUUACUUUAGAAGUUGAAGCUUCAGAUACUAUUGAAAAUGUUAAAGCCAAAAUUCAGGAUAAAGAAGGUAUUCCUCCUGAUCAACAGAGAUUAAUCUUUGCCGGUAAACAACUGGAAGAUGGUCGUACUCUUUCCGAUUACAAUAUUCAAAAAGAAUCUACACUUCAUCUUGUUUUGCGACUUCGCGGUGGUAUGCAAAUUUUCGUCAAAACCCUUACAGGAAAAACUAUUACUCUUGAAGUAGAAGCUUCUGAUACCAUUGAAAAUGUAAAAGCUAAGAUUCAAGACAAAGAAGGUAUUCCUCCUGACCAACAGAGAUUGAUCUUUGCUGGAAAACAAUUAGAAGAUGGUCGUACUCUUUCCGAUUACAAUAUUCAAAAAGAGUCUACACUUCAUCUUGUUUUGCGACUUCGUGGUGGUAUGCAAAUUUUCGUCAAAACCCUUACAGGAAAGACUAUUACUCUCGAAGUUGAAGCUUCAGAUACCAUUGAAAAUGUUAAAGCCAAAAUUCAGGAUAAAGAAGGUAUUCCUCCAGAUCAACAGAGAUUGAUCUUUGCCGGUAAACAACUGGAAGAUGGUCGUACUCUUUCCGAUUAUAAUAUUCAAAAAGAAUCGACCCUUCAUCUCGUUCUACGACUUCGCGGUGGUAUGCAAAUUUUCGUCAAAACCCUUACAGGAAAGACUAUUACUCUUGAAGUAGAAGCUUCUGAUACUAUUGAAAAUGUAAAAGCUAAGAUUCAAGACAAAGAAGGUAUUCCUCCUGACCAACAAAGAUUGAUCUUUGCUGGAAAACAAUUAGAAGAUGGUCGUACUCUUUCCGAUUACAAUAUUCAAAAAGAAUCUACACUUCAUCUCGUUCUACGACUUCGUGGUGGUAUGCAAAUUUUCGUUAAGACUCUUACCGGAAAAACCAUCACUUUGGAGGUUGAAGCAUCCGAUACUAUCGAAAAUGUUAAAACUAAAAUUCAAGAUAAGGAGGGUAUUCCUCCAGAUCAGCAGAGAUUGAUUUUUGCUGGUAAACAGCUGGAAGAUGGUCGUACACUUUCGGAUUAUAAUAUUCAAAAAGAAUCAACAUUACAUUUAGUAUUGCGUUUGAGAGGUGGAAUGCAAAUUUUCGUCAAAACUCUUACCGGAAAAACCAUCACUUUGGAGGUUGAAGCAUCCGAUACUAUUGAAAAUGUUAAAACUAAAAUUCAAGAUAAGGAGGGUAUCCCUCCAGAUCAGCAGAGAUUGAUUUUUGCUGGUAAACAACUGGAAGAUGGUCGUACACUUUCGGAUUACAAUAUUCAAAAAGAAUCAACACUACAUUUAGUAUUGCGUUUGCGAGGAGGAAUGCAAAUUUUCGUCAAAACUCUUACAGGAAAGACUAUUACUCUUGAAGUAGAAGCUUCCGAUACCAUUGAAAAUGUGAAAGCCAAAAUUCAAGACAAAGAAGGUAUUCCCCCUGAUCAACAGAGAUUAAUCUUUGCUGGUAAACAACUGGAGGAUGGUCGUACUCUUUCCGAUUACAAUAUUCAAAAAGAGUCUACACUUCAUCUUGUUUUGCGACUUCGUGGUGGUAUGCAAAUUUUUGUCAAGACUCUCACGGGUAAAACUAUUACUCUUGAAGUUGAAGCUUCUGACACAAUUGAAAAUGUAAAAGCAAAAAUUCAAGACAAAGAAGGUAUUCCUCCUGAUCAACAGAGAUUGAUUUUUGCUGGUAAACAGCUGGAAGAUGGUCGUACACUUUCCGAUUAUAAUAUUCAAAAAGAAUCGACUCUUCACCUUGUACUUCGUCUCCGAGGUGGUCGAUGAUUUCAUACAUUGAAUUUCGUUUUAAUAUGGAUAAUAUAUAAAAUAAAAAAAUAGAAAUAAAUUUUUUUACUUUUAUUCAUAAUAGUUGCUUAUGUAAUAUAAUUCUGUGAAUGAUACAUCCUGAUAAAUAAAUGGUAUUAUUAAAAAUAUA